GGGUGAUGUGAUGCGUCUAGUGCGGUAGCGUUAAGUUAGUGUUAAGGUGCAGCUGUGUUUGCUACUAUUACGCUUUCAGCUACUGCCGCCGGCUAGCCCCUGUGGUGAAAGGGGAGAGCAGAGUGUGUAAGUCUCUCCCCUGCCGGUACACAGCCUCUCCAUCACCAAGACCCUUCAGUGCCUCCUCGUGGUAACACACGGUAACUGGUUGUCUUGCGACCCCAGGCAAAUUCUGUAAGGGAUCUCGGAGCAGCAGUGGGCCCCAGAGGUACUGUAUGCAGGCCCGCCGGAGUGCGGACACGCCCUGAUGCCUACCAACCACUGCACCCCCCCGCCCCCUUCCCCAUUUCUUUGUAGAUUAGUCCGGGAGGACAUAAGGCUAGAGGAGCUCUCCCUACACAAAGCUGCAGUUGGGUGACCUGCGUUAGGCAGACUCUGAAAGAUGGGAGCUUUGGCAGUUGUGCUGACCUGAAGGUCGUCUUGAGUCUGCUCUUGCCACUGGAACUUGGUGAUGAGGACCAAGCUGGUGGUGGUGGGUCAGCACACCCGGGACCCACCGUCACGAUAAUCCUUUCACCGGACAGACAAACUUACUUCAUCAUCUCGUCUGCAUCCCACUACGACGGAGAGCCAUACACAAAAGUUGUUGUCCCGAGUGUUCCCCAGCGAGACUUCUAGCGUGAGGUGACGAGGCUCACCUAUCUUCGGCCACAUGAACUGCAAGCCUGAUGGGGAAUCCUGCCUGAACCAGUAGCAGCAGAUGUAUAGAGUGAGGACCUCCAUGGCUGCAGGAGGACUGAGGACAGUGUGACCAGGUGUGAAGGUCUACCUCAUCCACGCUAUCACAGGCGUAAACAAGUGCAGAUGUGGCCAAGAUUUAAGAGGGACACAAGUCUUCAGGUGUGGCCAAGAAAAUACAGCAGGUGUGUAGUAUCUCAGACCACAACUCCCCUCCUGAGAUGUGACCUUGAGGGGGCAAGUGUUGGGUGGUGGUCUGGGCAGCAGUAGCGCCACCCAGCAUCAGGGCGGCCAGGUGUGUCAGUGUGCUGGCAGUGCUCACAGUGAGAGGACGAGGCGCUGCUCCGCUACCUGGCGGCCGCAACACCACGCGCGGAGGCUCCACCCUUUGUAGGGGCCAAGUAGAGUGCAUCAACCACACGUUAUCCACCCGCCCAUCCACUCCUCCUCCCCCCUCCCCCGCACCGUGUACCGCCCUACCCAUCAUGGCGUCAUGUGAUUCACUGGAUUUAACGAUUGUUUUAUAGACUUUGGACACAUUUGGUCUUGCACUGGAAAGAAAGAGGGAAAGGCAACAAGGAUGGCUGCGAUCCAUAAUACCUGAGUCUCCCGUCUGUGCCCCGUGUUAAUAUUAGGUGGUACAUACUGUGCAUUAUUAACUGUGGAAAAGAAAACCUCAAAGUAACUGGUCUGUGUAGUGAUAAACUUAUAAAUUCCUCCACGCGUCUCAGAAGGAGUGCUUCAAGAUGUGUAUUCUGGACCUCUUCCGUUUACAGAUGGAAGUAAAGGUGAAGAAGAAGAAGAAUGAAGGCUUUCAUCUACGCCGGAACAAGAUCCUCUCUGUUAAGAACGCCGGGAUCACCAAACUCUCGGCCAUUGGUAAACUAACACGCAGGAAAAAAUGCAGGAAGUGUAAACCGCGUCCCCAGUUGGCUUGUAUGAACCCUUCCUGCGACCUAGAGAGCUCUGAAUGGGGCGGCAAGAUCUCCCCGUACAGCAGCGUUAAGACACAGUCUACACAGUUCACAGACGUGUGUAAAGAACUCUGCUCCUGUAAGAAAGACAACAAAUGCUGCGACGACGACAACAACAGCAACAAACUCGACACUCAAGACAAUGUCAAAAUCGCCAACUUCAUCGACAUCGACUCUGAGGAGAACUUAGGCAACACUAACUUGGGCUUCGAAGGAGACAAUAAACCCCCUUGUAAUGGCUCGAUCAACCGGUGUAGCUUCCUCAACAAGUACAGGAAGAGGUUACAGGAGAUUCAGGAGGAGGAAGCGAGACUCAACGCCAAGAAUAACGCUAAUUCCCUCAAGAAAACCAAGAACGUGGAGCGGGUGAUCACUGCCAAGGACGCUACACAGAUGCCUGACCCAGAAAGGUAA